AAAUUAGUAGCCGUGAUCGAUAUUUCUUCACCAUAACUUCACUUUUCGUGACUUAAGACCGGGAUGUCAAGGAAACGCAUCCUUGGUGUUUUCUGUUUGUGGUCUCUUCACUCUGAAUUCUUGUAAGCACAUCACUGAAAAUCACGGAAACAACUUUAAUGCUGAAGAAAACAACACAAUAUGACUUAAUCCGUUUUGUCGAUCGAGGAAGCGGUGGAUGAACGGGACACCCACCCUAUGCAAGCGUCACUCCGUUUUCGUCACUAGCGUCUUUUAGCUUUGCAACAAAAAGUUACUUCAAUUCUCGUGUGCCUCGGUAACAGUGUUGUUUUCAAGCUUUACUGAUUUUCUUUGCCAGGUGAAUAUACAAUAUAUAUGAGUUCCAAAAAUAGCCAAACACUUUACAGUCUUUAGCAUGCAUGUCCCGACAGCUUAAGGGGGCGGUUUCUUUAAAUACUCAUGACUACAAAAGUUGUGUAUUUAAGCGAAACCACUUUCAGUUUGGUCAGAGGUUGAAUAUCGUAAGGUCAGAAACUGCUAUCAACCAAAAUGGAUUUUCACGGACAGAAAGUUAAUCUCUCGUUUUCGAUUGAAAAUAUUUUGCGAGACGAUUUUGCUCGGCAUAGACGAAGAACAGACUUUGUGAGUUUUCACACAGCCGGGGACGAAGCAGGCUUUGAACGGUGGCCGACAAACCCCGCAGUUUACCAAUGUUGCGCGGUUCGUUACAGCCCUGUGUAUUUAAACUGUGCGCCUAAUAUGCAUGCAGUUGAAGGAAGAUUACGCAAAACAAGCGGCGGGAAAGACCAGUUUUUCAGGGAACAGACGAAAGCCAUUGAAGAAGACAGCUUAAGCUGUAAAGGUGAAGAAAUUCAGAACAAAAAUGAUGAAGUUGACGACAAAGAUUUUAAGAAGGAAUCGAAAUCGGUUAAGUGCUUCAGUGAAAAUGGUCCUAAGCGGAAAAGGCGAAAUCGCAGUCAUUUCACCCAGCGUCAACUCCAAUAUCUGGACAAGAUAUUUUCCCGCCAACAGUAUCUAACACGCGACGAGCGCACGCUAUUGGCAAGAGGCCUGGAAAUGACGGAACUUCAGAUCAGAAACUGGUUUCAAAACAGACGAUACCAGAAAAGACAUCGCGCCAAUGAAGAACGAAAACAAGAUGAACCGGUUACAUCAAUAGCAAUAUGAAAAGGCAACGAAAAACUUGGACUAAAGAGAACAAACGCCAAGAAAAACAAAAACACUUAACAAUUGCAACUUAAAGGAGGUUCGUUAAAAAGAGUUGAGAAAAAUAAUUUAUAACGUAUUUAUACUUAAAUUUUAUAUGGUAGCGCUCUCUGAAUGCUGCUGUACAUACUGUAAAUAUCUCAUUAAUUGAUAUAGAAUUGUUCAGAAUAGUAAACUCGGGUUGUCUUGUUCCUUUAAUGAGUUAGAUAUAAGGUCGAAAACAACAAGAAAAGAUCCGUAGAUUAAGAGCUUAAAAACAUAGGUUUGUACGUCACAUAUCAAACUUAACUAAUUUAAUAUAUCAAAUAUCUCAGUUCUGUGUUUUAUAGUUUUGUUAUCUACCUGGUUAGUCUAUUCACGACAACGUAUGAUUGCUUAAAAGCUAUUGGAUAAAGAUCUUUAUUGCGUUUUAUAAUAAGCGAGUUGAAAGUUGUAUUUACUAAGGAAUAAAAUCUCAAAGGGGAACUCGCAAGUAUUAAAAGAAUUUUAUGUUAUUAUUAAAUCAUCAUUUUGAAGUCCUAAAAUAAUUCUGUACGUUACAAAGAUGGCUUCAUGCAACAAAUUUUUCAUCAUAUUUCAAAUUCAAAUCAAAGUGCGUAUACAAAGAAUUUCAAAUAAAUUAAGCGUAAUUUUAUUUUACUCUGAUAACUGUUUAUACGGUCAAAAAAUAAAAAAAAGCGUUAUAACAAAACAGCAGAAUGUACUUUGUCUCGUAGAUUCAUUAGAUAUAUAUUGUGCACGCGUUACUUGUUAUUAAGCCCCAGUAUCAAUUCCAAAUUCAGGCAACAAUCAACUAGCCAAAACAGUUUUUAAAUAAAUGAACUAUAUUUUCAUUCGGUACGUAAUGUUUGUCUCGGAAAAGAAACGAACUGACACAUUUAGACCAAAGAACUGAAAAAGAACUGUAAUACCCUCGACAAAAGGCGUGUUAUGGAAUGGGGUAGAGAUAAGAAUAGAAACAGGAAAAAGGAGACCAUGGAUGGAGGUCAAAAGACAUCUAUUUAUAUAAGUUCAUUUAAGACGUUUGGUAUGUAGUAUAUAUAGGACAAACUGAAAUUGUGAAGAUUGUGCUUCGGAAACACUCUUUUUGUGUCUUUUUGACGACAAAUUCUUCAACCAGCUGCCGAGUGACGGAAGAAAAUUAUCAGUAAUUAGAGCUACUCGAUCAGUUGAAUGCUCGUUUGAACAAAAACAAAGCAAUAUAACUUAAUUGCAGCAACUUUCAAAAACACGCGACUUUGAAUUCAAAUUUAACCGGACUGUUCUGUUUUACGCUGCUGUCCCUGAUCAUUAGUCAAAUUACCACGAGCGUGGUUUGUUAUCGGAAAAUUGUUUUCCAAUAAUCCGUUGGCUCUCCUCUUAUCUCUCCUCGUUAUUGUGUUUUCGGAAAUGUAGAACGUCAACACACAUACUUCCGCUGAAUUUCAGAGCACGUCAUGAUGUCUUUUGAAAGAUGUUGUAAAUAUCUGUGUUGAUAAAUACUGUGCCCCAUUCUGUAAUACCUUUACAGAGACAUAGUCAGAAGAUCAAGUAAUGCACUAAGUUGGUCUCAGAGGUGAUCUUUAAUUUUCUGUAAGCCCGAAGGCACCUAUCUUAAAGCGGAUUUGCGCACACUCAUAAGCACUUCAAAUGGUCUUUUUGAAGAUCCCAGCAACGGCUAAUUAGUUAAAGCAAUUUUAUCUUGAAGUCUUUUACCCCUAGUAAUCGAUUUGCACGUUCGUAAAACAAGCACACUACACUACACUACCCACAUUUUUACCUACGUUCUAUUCAAGCAUCUGUGUUUUCGCUGACGCAAAAUCGAAAAAGCAUGCAUAGAGUUAAUUUUAGUGGUUCGAAGUCUGGUAAAUAUUUUGAUAUAAAACCAAAAUCAAUUUAGUUUAUAGUUUCCGUAGUUAGCGCCACGUAUCUUCGGAUUAGCACCCACCCAGGAUUUAAGCGCCCUUCCCCGUUUUGCAAGCGCCUCACCGCAACCAAAAAGGUUUUGCCAACAUUGUUAAGAUAACAAUGUAUAUUGACCACAGUUGAAAGACAAAGCGGUAACCACACUGUCAUGAGCGUGUAAUACUGACCGCAUUUAAAAUUUAUAGCGACAGAAAAUUUACCACAACAGCAAAAAGAGUUAGAUCCUUUCUUAGGCCUCCACAGAAAAAGAGCGUCCUUUGUUUAAAGAGGAGGUUGCAACCAGGAAGUGGGGUAGAUUCUAUAGAAUUUUGAAGUCUGCUUAUGGAAACAUCUGUCCAAAAGAACAAAGGAAAUAUCUCUUGUGCCUUUACUGGAACGAAAAAAAUCUGGAAUUAAAGAAUACAAGAGAGGUCAACGAGCAGGAGAAGGGGUGUCAAUUCGGGGCUGCGUACAUGACGUCAUUCUCGUAUCACAUGCCAUUCAUUUUACUUCUGUUUGGUUUUCCCGUCACGCAAAUGUUUUCACGCAAUUGAAAAAGGGCACGUAGACAUUUUUUAAACAAUUACUUGAACAGGAAAAGGCAAACGAACGCUCUCUCUGCAGACGUGACAAGUCGGUGUUUAUUAGUCGUGUAAAGUCGGUUUUUUUUUUUUCAAUUUCUCUAGAAAGGACUAUAACUAGCGAAAGCCAGUUGAUGUUUGCAGUGGAGACGGGCUAAGAAUUUAGUACUUCCGAAUCGGCGCCAGCUGGCUUUUCUGUUCCAAGUGUUUAGUUAGUUAAGGAUGUUUACUUUGAUGUUAUCUACACUUCGACAGGAGCAACAACAUGCAACGACAGUAAAAUGCUCAAAAUAGCAAAUGCAGUUUGCUCCUUUUAAAACCUCAGUACAUAAUUCUAGUAUUCUA